AUGUCGAAUUACCAUAGAAGAGCACACCCAUCUUCUGGUUCAUACAGACAACCUCCGGAAGAGCCUCAAUAUUCGCGUUCUGGUCACUAUCAGUAUACAAGCGGUCAUUCUUACCAACAAUAUUCUAGCCAAUACAAUCAACGUCGACGUUAUAACCAUAGCGAUGGUUCAAGACGACGCUAUAAUGAUGAUCGUCCACAUAGUUCAAAUAAUGGCAAUACGCGACAGUAUUAUGCUACUAAUAACGGCCAAAGUGGCGCAUAUGUAAAUAAUAAAUCUGACACCAAUAGCCGGAGGGGUUUGUCCCAAUCACGGUAUUCAAAUAGCAAUGUCCAUACUGUAUCAACCUCUACGAGCGAGUCUCUUCCAAAAGAAUCUGCCUUGCUUUUGCAACAAAGACCACCUUCAGCUUUAAGAUACAACACAGAUAAUUUAAAAUCUAAGUUUCAUUACUUUGACCCCAUAAAAGGCGAGUUCUUUAAUAAGGAUAAGAUGUUUUCCUGGAAGACUACAGAUAAAGAAUUUUCUGAAACAGGUUAUUACGUAGUCAAAGAGUUACAAGAUGGACAGUUUAAAUUCAAAGUAAAGCAUAGGCAUCCGGAGAUAAAAGCAUCUGAUCCACGCAAUGAAAACGGUAUGAUGACUGGCGGAAAAAUGGCAAGCCAUAGAAAAUGCAGAAAAUCACUAGUUCUACUACCUCGCAUAUCUUAUGACAGGCACUCUUUAGGGCCUCCUCCUCCAUGUGAAAUAGUUGUUUAUCCAGCGCAGGUUUCAACAACAACUAAUAUCCAAGACGUAUCAAUAAAAAACUAUUUUAAAAAGUAUGGAGAGAUUUCACAUUUUGAAGCAUUUAAUGAUCCUAAUAGUGCCUUGCCUUUGCAUGUUUAUCUUAUAAAGUAUACCAGUUCUGAUGGAAAAAUUAAUGACGCAGCUAAAUCGGCUUUUAGUGCUGUGAGAAAGCAUGAAUCUUCAGGUUGCUUUAUCAUGGGCUUUAGGUUCGACGUGAUCUUAAAUAAGCAAUCUAUUUUGAAUAACAUCAUUUCUAAAUUCGUUGAAAUAAAUGUUAAAGAAUUACAAAAAUUGCAAGAGAGCUUAAAGAAGGCUAAGGAAAAAGAAGCGGAAAACGGGAAAGCAAAGGAAGUACAAGGCAAAGAUAUCAGCUUGCCCAAGGAACCUAAGGUGGACACGUUAUCUCAUUCUUCUGGAAAUGAAAAAAGAAUUCCAUAUGAUCUUUUGGGUGUAGUCAAUAACAGACCUGUUUUACAUGUCUCCAAAAUAUUUGUUGCCAAACAUAGAUUUUGCGUUGAGGACUUCAAAUACAAGUUAAGGGGGUACAGAUGUGCGAAGUUUAUUGAUCAUCCAACCGGUAUCUAUAUUAUUUUUAACGACAUUGCGCAUGCACAAACUUGUUCAAAUGCAGAGUCAGGAAAGUUAACGAUAAUGUCUCGUAGCAGAAGAAUUCCUAUUUUAAUAAAAUUUCAUCUCAUUCUCCCCAGGUUCCAAAACAGAACUAGAUUCAAUAAAUCUGGCUCAUCGCUGAAUUCCACACAUUUAGCAAUAAAAUACGAGUCCAAAGAAGAGUUCAUUGAAGCUACAGCGAAGCAAAUAUUAAAAGAUUUGGAAAAGGCCCUACAUGUUGAUAUUAAGAAGAGGUUAGUAGGUCCUACAGUAUUUGACGCAUUGGACCAUGCAAAUUUUCCUGAAUUAUUAGCCAAAAGAGAACUAAAGGAGAAAGAAAAGAAGCAACAGAUAGCAUCCAAAAUUGCUGAAGAUGAAGCGAAACGUAAAGAGGAAGCCAAAAGGGAUUUUGACUUGUUUGGCUUAUAUGGUGGGUAUGCAAAAUCCAAUAAAAGAAAUUUGAAAAGGCACAAUUCACUCACAUUGGAUCAUACUUCUUUGAAGAGGAAGAAGUUAUCUAAUGGAAUCAAACCGAUGGCACAUUUAUUGAAUGAAGAAACUGAUUCUAAGGAAACUACUCCGUUGAACGAUGACGGGAUUCCUUGCGUAUCGAAAGAACGUGAUGAGGAGGACGAAAAUAUGACUUCUUCUUCAUCCUCCGAAGAAGAGGAAGAGGAAGCUACAGAUAAGAAAUUCAAAAGUGAGUCCGAGCCAACAACCCCUGAGUCCGAUCAUCUCCAGGCUAUUAAAUCAUUGGUACCGGAUCAAAAUGGGUCGACUGACAUGCUGGAUACUUCUUCAAUGUAUAAACCUACUGCUACCGAAAUUCCUGAACCUGUAUAUCCACCUGAGGAAUAUGACUUGAAAUAUAGCCAAACUUUAUGUCCCCUGGACUUGCAAAACGCUAUUAAAGAUGAAGAAGAUAUGCUUAUUUUGAAGCAGUUGCUGAGCUCAUAUAUUCCUACCAUCACACCUGAAACUGGUACAGUUUUGGAAUACAAAACUUGGGAAUCUCGCCGGAGAACGCUUGAGGAAGAAAAGGCUUCCGAUUGGCAAAUAGAACUUAACGGCGCUUUAUUUGAUAGUGAACUGGAACCGAGUAGCUCUUUCAAAGCGGAGGGGUUCAGGAAAAUUGCGGAUAAAUUAAAAGUCAAUUACCUGCCUCAUCGUCGUAGGGUUCACCAACCAUUAAAUACUGUGAACAUACACAAUGAAAGGAAUGAGUACACACCUGAGCUUUGCCAAAGAGAAGAAUCCUCAAAUAAAGAACCUUCAGACUCAGUUCCUCAGGAAGUUUCGUCUUCAAGAGAUAAUAGGGCAUCGAAUAGAAGAUUCCAGCAGGACAUAGAGGCACAGAAAGCCGCAAUAGGUACAGAAUCUGAGCUAUUAUCACUAAACCAAUUAAAUAAAAGAAAGAAACCAGUUAUGUUUGCUCGUUCAGCAAUCCAUAACUGGGGUUUAUAUGCCUUAGACUCCAUUGCAGCAAAGGAAAUGAUUAUCGAGUAUGUUGGUGAAAGAAUCAGGCAACCUGUAGCAGAAAUGAGAGAGAAAAGAUAUCUGAAAAAUGGGAUUGGAUCAAGUUACCUCUUUAGGGUUGACGAGAACACGGUUAUUGAUGCUACCAAGAAAGGUGGUAUUGCCCGGUUUAUUAACCAUUGUUGCGAUCCGAAUUGUACGGCAAAGAUUAUAAAGGUUGGCGGGAGAAGGAGGAUUGUUAUUUAUGCACUACGUGAUAUCGCAGCGAGCGAGGAAUUGACAUAUGAUUACAAAUUUGAGAGAGAGAAAGAUGACGAGGAAAGACUUCCUUGUUUAUGUGGGGCACCUAAUUGUAAAGGUUUCUUGAACUGA